CCCUUGUUAGCCACAGAAGCUCCGGUAUAUAAGGAAAAGUCGGAGUCUCUCUCAGUCGCUGUGAAAGCCAUACACCCCUCACCUGCGCGCGCGCACACACUUUUACACCCACAAUUUUCUGCAUCUCCUGCAUCGUCUCCCUUCAUUCCUGCGUGCAUCCUCUACUUUAGUCUGACCCGAUGAGUUACCCGGUGGACACGAUAGGAAGUCCCUUCAGGAGAGUUAUGGAUACUAGAACAACCAGUUACGGCUACGGCCGCCCCAGCGGCACCCCCUCAAGCGGCUUUCGCUCCCAGUCGUGGUCCCGGACAAGCCCGGGCUCCACCAUGACCGCAUCCUACAAGAGGACCCUGAACGCACCGGCUCCCCGGGCAUACAGCUCAACGGUGCUGAGUUCCGCCGACAGCGUUGAUUACAGUCAAACCUCGAUCCUUAACGGUGACUACAAGCGAUCUAACGAAAAAGAGCAACUUCAGGGGCUUAAUGACCGGUUUGCUGUGUAUAUUGACAAGGUGCACUACCUGGAGCAACAGAACAAGCAGAUCGAGGAUGAGAUCCAGGCGCUGCGGCAAAAGCAGGUGUCCCGCACCCAGCUGGACGACCUCUACGACCAGGAUCUGAAGGAGCUGCGGACCGUUCUGGAGCAGAUCCACCGCGAGAAGGCGCAGAUCCAACUCGACACUGAGCACAUUGAGGAGGACAUCCAGCGGGUCAGGGACCGCUUCGAGGAGGAGGCUCGAAUCCGCGAGGAAACGGAAGCCAUAAUUCGCGUCCUGAAGAAAGACACCGGUGACUCGGAGUUAGUGAAGUCCGAGUUGGAGAAGAAAGUUCAGUCGCUGCAGGACGAGAUUGCCUUCAUCCGCAACAACCACGAGGAGGAGGUGAGCGACCUCAUCGCCCAGAUCCAGGCGUCCCAGGUGACCGUGGAGAGGAAGGACCUCCAGAAGACCGACAUCACCGAGGCUCUGCGGGAAAUACGCACCGAAUUAGAGGGCCACUCCAACCAGAACCUGCAGCAGGUGGAAACCUGGUUUAUGUGCCGCUACACCAAGCUCAACGAGGCAGCGGAGCACAACAAGGACGCGAUUAAGUCCGCCCGGGACGAGAUUGCCGACUACCGGCGCCAGCUGCAGGUGAAGACGGUGGAGCUGGAGUCUGUCCGAGGGAUGAAGGACUCUCUGGAGCGCCAACUGAAUGACAUCGAGGACCGGCACAACAGCGACCUGGCCAGCCUGCAGGAGACAAUCCACCAGCUGGAUAAUGAACUGAAGAGCACGAAGUGGGAGAUGGCUCGCCAUCUCCGCGAGUACCAGGACCUGCUGAAUGUCAAGAUGGCCCUGGACAUUGAAAUUGCUGCAUACAGGAAACUCCUCGAGGGAGAGGAGACCCACUUCAGCACUUUUCCAUAUCGCCAGGCUGUCACCUCCAGCAAAAUCUCCAAACCUAAAUCUGAGGCCUCAAAGCUGAAAGUGCAGCACAAGUUCGUGGAGGAGAUCAUCGAGGAGACACGGGUGGAGGAUGACAAGGCAAACAUUGAUGAGGCUCUGGCAAAGAUAGCACAGGAGCUCUCUGCCACACCCGGAGAAGGAGGAGAGGAGGAAGAAGGGGAAAAGGAGGGUGGAGAGGAAGAGCAGGAUGCUGGAGAAGAGGCAGCAGAGGAAGAGGAAGUUGUAGCCACCAUUGAAGCCAAAGUUAGUGCUAGUGCCCUUUCCAAGGAUGAGGAUGAGGAGGAAAAAGGGGAUGAUGAGGGAGAAGAAGGUGACGGAGAAGAUGGUAAGGAGGGAGAAAAUGAGGAGGAAGAAGCGAAGGGAGAGGAUGACGAAGAAAAGGGGGGUGAAGCAGAAGAAGGUGAUGAAGAUGGGGGAGAAGAAGCAGAGGAAGAGGAGGUUGAGGAAACAGUACUGUGCACCAAAGCUCCAGAGUCCAAAGCCUCCCCUGACAAAGAUAAGAGUGGUGAAAAAGAGAGUAGUACAGGGGAGGAGGAGAAGGAGGCUGGUGCCGAAGAGGAGAGUAGCAAAAAGGAGGAAGAUGACAAAGCAUCAAAACGUGGAGAUGAAAAGGAAGAAAAAGAUGAUGCAGAGAAAGGCAAAGAGGAAGAUGAAAAGGAUGUAAAAACAGAGAAAUCAGAAAAAUCUGUUGCAAAAUCAGAAGCUUUAAAAUCUGAAGCCAGCAAGGAAGAGGCCCCAAAAUCUGAGGGAUCAAAGUCCCCCAACUCGGAAUCUCCAGUGGCAGGUUCCCCAAAGUCUGAAUCCCCCAAACCUGGUUCCCCCAAGUCUGAAUCCCCCAAACCUGGUUCCCCCAAGUCUGAAUCCCCCAAACCUGGUUCCCCCAAGUCUGAAUCCCCCAAACCUGGUUCCCCCAAGUCUGAAUCCCCCAAACCUGGUUCCCCCAAGUCUGAAUCACCCAAACCUGGUUCCCCCAAGUCUGAAUCACCCAAACCAGGUUCUCCCAAGUCUGAAUCACCCAAACCUGGUUCCCCCAAGUCUGAAUCACCCAAACUAGGUUCUCCCAAGUCUGAAACACCCAAACCAAGUUCUCCCAAGUCUGAAUCACCCAAGGGUGCUUCUCCAAAGCCUGAAUCGCCGAAAGAAGGCUCUCCCAAGGCAGAAUCCCCUAAGCCUAGCUCCCCCAAAUCUGAAUUCCCCAAGUUUGAUACCAUCAAACCUGAGGCUUCCAAAGAGGACAAAACAGAAAAGAAAAGUGACUCAUCAGAAGAUAAGAAGGUAGAAAAGAAAGAUGUUGCCAUGAACGGUGAGGUGGAGAAGAGUAGCCCAGAGGAAAAAGAGAAGAAAGAUGAGGAUGUGAUUGCUAAUGGCGUAGACGAGAGCCCCAUCAAGGAAGAUGGCAGCCAGAAAGUGGUGAUUACCAAGACCGUGGAGACAAUCACCACUGGAGAGGAUGGGUCCAAGCAUGUCACAAAAUCUAUCACGGUGACAGAAACAGUGAAGGAGGUGGAGGAGGUGCUGCAGGAGAAGCUGGUCUCCACCAAGAACACUGAGAAGCAAACCACCCAGUCUGUUAAGCAAGUGGCAGAGGCCGAAUAAGCAGACUCUGCUUAGCCAAAGUGGAAUUAGAGAACGGGGCAACCGUGAGCGGGGCGAAAGCUAGAAGAGAGAACAUAAGCAAUCCACAAAAAACUAACAUAACAAUGAAACCCAUACAGCUAGAGCGAUGUAACAACGAAAACCACACUAGAAGCAAAUUAUAGAGAGAAGCCAAAAUAAAACAUGACAAACUUCAAGCCUGCAUGUUGAGUGAAAGCUUUAAGCAAGCUUUGCUGCCAAUGCAGCGAAGAGCAAGCGACUGAGACAUUUUAUUCUCUUUUAGGUUCUUUCUGCUUUCAUAAGGUGAGCUCAGGAGUAGGAGGAGGGGGUGGAGUAUCUGCAUGCUAGCUCAGGGGAGUGGAGUAUUUUUCUCUCUUAUGUAUAUGUUUAGUAGGAUUGCACUUUAAAAUGAUUAUGUAACACAAGACCGUCGAGCAGAUUUUUGAGUUAAAGUAGAAGAGAGGAGGUCAUGCAGGGGGAGGGUCCUUGGCGCAGACAUGCACUCUACUGAAGAAGCCUUACCUGACAUGUGAAGAUGCCAUCUGAGCCAGAAACAGUACUAAACAUUAAAUAUGGAACAUGAGGUGAAGAAACAUAACCACACCAGUAUACAUCCGGUAACUAAAGCAAUUACAGCUUAACAAAUCUAAAGAAACUCCUAGCCUUAAACAUGCUUUUUAUCAUGGUCUGUUAUGUUUACCUGAGAGCAACUUAGACAAAUGUAACUGUAAAUGACUUGUGUAUCCUUGUAUGCACAGAAUGAACUUGAAUUUAACUACAGAAAUAAAUGAGGUGCUACUGUUUGCAGUCCCAUAAACUCAUCUUGAAUUAUUUCCCAGCAGCCUUUGCUCAAUAAAUAUCAUAACAAACCAAA